ACUCUCACACGGACAGCAUAGCUCCAAGCUAUUUUUUAUAUAAUUCCACUUAGUUACAUUUUAUUUGUUUUAUUUUUAUUUUACACAGCAACACGUACUAUUUUAUAUACGUAUUUCAUUCUAAAUUUUCGAUGUAUCUCCAAAACAUCUGCUCACGUUUGAAAACAAUAACACACAAAAUGACAUCAAAUCUAACUGGCACUACUCGUACACCUAGCGAAGCGGAGCUGAAGCAAUGUCCACAUUGCAAUCGAACAUUCAAUCCGAAGGUGUUGACCAAGCACGCGGCCAUCUGCGGGAAUGUGCUGAGGAAGCGUCAAGUGUUCGAUUCUUCUCGUCAGCGUCGCGAGGGCAUUGAGUACUUCAGCUUUGGGACGCACAACAGCGAGCUGCCGCUAGAUGCUGCACGUGGACAAACAUCGCCGCAGUCGAAGACAAAGCUGACGCGAGCUACUCUCAAACAGACCUUGGACGCACCUACUCCAAAAGCCAAAGACGUUGCAUCCCCGUGUAAACCGGAAUCGCCGGCAUCAGCCAAGCGCAAGGCGACGGCAACAGCAUCGGGAACGGCAGCAAAUGUUCCCGGAACCAGUUCUUCCAUGAACCGGGAUUGCACACUGACCAAGCGUAGUGCGAACGUUGCCUUAGAACGUUGUCCGCACUGCGAACGCAGCUUCAACCUCAAGGCCUACGACAGCCAUGUGGCAUGGUGCAAGGAGAAGGCAGUCAUAGCCGCCUUCACCGUCGGCUGCAGCAACGAGGACACCAUGAACGCCAAGAAACGCAUGGAUGCACGCAUCAAAUACAAGCCUCCGGCUCUGAAAUUGACCAUGAAUAACAAACUAGCUGAAACUAGGCACUGCACAAAUUAUGAAACAAUGCACAGGCACAACGAAUCACAUUAUAAAGUCUUCCCUAAAGAAUCAGCUAAGGAUUCAAUCAAGAUGCUGCAGCCACAAUCUUUUUAUGGAAAACUUGUGAGUGCGCGGAAACCAGAUGAACAUCAUGUAUGCAUAAGUUUAAUAUGUAAGCUAUGUAAUGAUAAUUGUAUGCACUGUGAACACUUUAAAGGCCGACACCCAAAACUGACAACUUGGCGUCCGAGUCGAGAGUGAGACUUUUUAAUUAUUGUUUGCAUGUUGCGCUCUCUUUUGUUUUGUGUCGCAUGUCACGUGUCACAUUGAAAGUGGAUGUUUUUGGUGUUCGAGUUUGCAGUUCAAAAACCAAAAUAAACCAAAUACGGCCCAAACCAUGAAUUAUGAGCCACGAACCCCAAGUAACCAAAACUGAAACUCGAGAAUCGAGAAUCCCAUUGCUGCUGUCGUCCAAUUGAAAUGAUUUUCUAUCAUGACACAUGAGAGCGCUUCAUAAGGUGCUGAAUAAACCUGCCUGUGUAUAAUUUUUCACGACAUAGACCCACAG